CGGUUUGUGUUUGUUUCUACAAUAAGCCUUGCUGUUUCUUCCUGAAGCAGUAUUACUUGAAAUAAUACUGAUGAAAGCAAAGUGGGAUUGCUGGUGUGUUGGAAAAGAUUACAAAAACGGUGCCACUCAGUUGCAGAUGUAGGAACGUCUUUAUUUCUCGUGUGCUGGAGCAUGUUUACGCGAGGAGUGUAAGAGCUGGAGCCCGGGCCCAAGCCGACUGGUUGGUCCCAGGGCGGAUGCCGUAACAUUGUGCCUGUGGUGGCUGCGCGGCGGCGGCAGCUUCUGCGAGCCCUGUUACCAUGGAAAAUGAGCUUCUGCAAACCGCCAGCAACUUCACCGACGUGCCCAAUUUCCGCUGCACUAUGUUCAAUUCCGACUCGGAGGAUUACAAAUGCGUCAUCAUCAUUGCAGUAAAGCGGGCCUCUGCUGCUUUCUCUCUCAUUGGGUGCUUCUUUAUGCUGCUUGUGAUAUGGUUAUUUCGGAAGUACAACUCUUUGGCCCAGAAAAUGAUCCUGAGUCUGACUUUGGCUGCAUUGUUUGACAGUAUUGCCUAUCUAAUGGGAGAAGUUAUCCCAGAUGGUGCUCUGUGCAACUUCCAAGCCUGGUGGCUUACCUAUUUUGACUGGUGUUCCCUGGCAUGGGUUUGUUGCAUUACGGCCAACCUGUAUUUCAACUUGGUGAAAGAAACCAGAACAGAACAUCUCGCAGCUGUGUAUUAUGUUGCUGCCUGGGGCGUGCCUUUCUUUCUAUCAUGUCUUCCACUCUUUGGAGAUUACUAUGGCCCCGCUGGAGCAUGGUGCUGGAUUACAGACGAACAUGUUGUCUGGAGAUUUGGCAUAUGGUACAUCCCCUUGUUUGUCCUCAUCUUUCUGAUGAUGUCCUGCUACCUUCACAUAUUUUAUAUAGCCAAAAAGAGGGUUUUAACCUGGUCUGGCCCAUAUGAUCCUGAAAAAGAAAGAAGCAAGAUCUUAUUAGCUCAAGAAAUCAAACCACUUAAGUGGUACCCAUCUGUAUACCUGGCAGUGUCCCUUUUUCCUCUCAUUAACAGGGUACACAAUGCAUUUGAUCCUAAUCAUCCUGUUUUUGUCCUGACGCUCCUGCAUGUUAUCACUGCUCCACUUCAUGGACUCGCCAAUGCAAUUGUGUUUGGAUUUGACAGAGAAACAUGGAGCCAGCUGAAUUUAACCUCUCUGCAGCUUGCUUUCCAGUCCCGAUUUUCUGAUACAACAUUGAUUAUGGAGUACCGGCCUGGGCCAGUGCGCUACGUGGCCCAUUUGGAAAGUGAUUCCUCAGACUCGUGUGACGAUGGCACAGGAGCAAUUUAUUCAUCCACCAUGACGUCUUGGGACAGGAGGCCCUGACAACAGAAACACCCUUCAACUGAAUAUGUGCACUGUUGGACUCCGAGACAAAGGAAGAGCCCCCUCUGUGACACUAGAGAUGAGCUGUCAACCUUCAUUAUUAAUUCUAGGCUCUUAAUAUUUAAUGUCAUAAAACUGGAACAGAAGCUUCAGAUUUACAGAGGAGGCACCGUGCUAAACACAAACACAUCAGUUAAAGAGAUUGUUCCUUUCAGCUGCCUCUGCUAGCUGUGCUUCAAACUAAAGAGAAAGAUAUACCAAUACAAAAAAAUGAAGACAAUUUGGAGUAAGUUGGUAAAAUAGAGUAAGCAUUUGCAACCGCUUUGUGAGGAGAUUGUGUUUUAAAUUUGUAUGUACAUGAAUUAAAUUUGAACCUUUUUCACACAGCACAUCCUCUGUUUAGCAGGCAAAACAUUCUGGUUCAGAUUGUGGAGCAAAAUUAUGAUGUGAAACUACUGUGUUUGUUGUUAUGUAGCAUUCUCUGUGGUAAUAGAGGCUGUUUGUGGGGGGAGGGGAGAGGAGAAGAGAAAGCUGAAGAAAGUUGAAAAUACGCAAUUGCAGAAUCCUUAGCAUCAAUCAGUGAUGAAGUGGUGGAGGCCAACUACAAGUCCUCUUCAAAAAUGUUGAUAGCUUCAUUUUAACAUCAUUCGCUUAAGGUGCCGGCAUAAUGAGACAAACUACAAAAACAGCGGAAACAUUACAGAUAUCUAGAUGUUCAGGUCCACAAAACUGUAGCUUAUUUGCUCAUUUUAAUGUUGUAUUGUUUGUACGUUUAUACUCUUGAUGAGUUUUAUUUAUUCUUAUAACGUUAUUGAUCCUUCUGGUUUUCAACUGAAGAUUUCAUUUGAAAAGAGUUAUAUAAUUGUUAUGGGCUGAAACGGUUAAAUUUGUAUUGGAACCAUUUUUCAUUUGACUUCACUAGUUUUGUUAAAAGGUUUAUAGAAAAUAUGUAUACCAUCUGACAAAUUGGUGCAGCAUUAUGGCAGUAACAAAGUUGGAGGUGAAUUAGCCUGCAUGAUAAAGUCAGAUAUACACAGAAAGUGCUAGAAUAACUCAGCAGGUCAGACAGCAUCGCUGGAGAAAAAGAAUAAGUGACGAUUCUAAACGUUACCUAUCCUUUUCUCCAGAGAUGCUGCCUGACCCACUGAGUACUCCAGCACUUUGAGUGAAUCUUAGGUAUAAACCACCAUCUGCAGUUCUUAGUUUCUAUAUCAUAAAGCCAGAUACAUGGCAUGCAGCUUGGACCAAUGUUCUAAGAAGCCUGGCUGCAGAAAGCCUCUUUAUGCCUAUAUAUAAUAUAAACUAGAGGCAAUUUAAUCUUGUUUUCAAUACAAAAACAAGCCCUUUCUGCAGAGAAACAAAAAUAAAAUAUUGCUGAUGCUAGAAAACUGAAAUGAAAGCAGAAAAUCCUAUUACUGCUUAGCUGCUGAGAUUACACAAGUUGGAUACCAGUAACUUUGUUUUGUGAUGAGCUUGCAUUAAGUAGGAAUUCGUAUCAACAUUUUCAUUCCUCCUCUGUACUUGCAAUAAAGCUGUAAUCUAGCUCAUCAA